GAGAUUGGACCUCCACAGUAUUACAAACUGCAAGGAUUAAUAUAAGUCGACAGACCUCCUGUCCUUAUUACUGAAGACUGAAGACUGAAGAACCAUUCGAAACCAUUUGAAACACUAAACGCGCUUCUUACUUCCAUAUGCGUUACAAAUGAGUUCACCAAAGCGACGUUGUUUCAGACAACGGAAUGCAAGUGAAAGCAGUACCGAAGAUGAAAUUGUUGAGGGUGAAAAAAGUGGCGAAUCCAGUGGACUUGAAGAGUAUGAGAAAGAAGAGUUAACUCGUCAAAAUGAUUUAAAGGAACGUGAUGCCUUCGUUAAACGUCUUGUUGACCGGGAUCAGCAACAAACUAAAGGGGUUUCUUCUAGGUCCGCUAGUAAGCAUGAGGAAGCUUUGAGAAAAAUAACGAGUGGUGAAGUUAGUCGUGAAGAAAUGAUUGCCGAGCUGCGCAAAGCAUCUAGACGAACAUAUCUACGAAAAAGACAGUCUGACAAACUUGCAGAUCUUCAAGCUGAAAUCCAAGAUGAAGAACUAUUUUUUGAAAAUGAAGAGUUAACUGAGAAGGAAAAGGCCGAACUAUUAUAUAAGAAAACUAUUUUGGCGGUUGCGAAAUCCCAUCAACAAGCAGGAGAACUGGAAAAUAUCUUUCGUUAUUACAUUCCUACUGAAGAAAAGCGACCAGAAGAUCAUGAACUCAAAGGAUCUGAAAGUAAAUUAAAUGAUGAAGGCAAGAGAUGGGAACAGGAACAUCUUUCCUCGGCACUUUAUUCUUUCGGUGCCAAAGACAAAGUUGAACAAGAAGUGAAAUAUGAUCUUGUUUUGGAUGAUGAAAUAGAGUUUUUAAAAACACUAACUCGACCCGGUGCCAACAUUGAACAAGAAGUCAGUCUAGACGAAGAGCAAAAACGAAAAGCUACUGACAAACGUGAAGCCCUCAAAGAAGCAAAACGCUCGCUCCCGAUCUAUAAAUUCCGGGAUGCUCUUUUACAAGCUAUUGCUGAUCAUCAGGUUUUAAUCAUAGAAGGUGAAACAGGUUCUGGUAAAACAACUCAAAUUCCUCAGUAUUUGUACGAAGCGGGUUAUUGUAAUGGAGGAAAACGUAUCGGAUGUACACAACCACGUCGUGUUGCUGCCAUGUCAGUAGCUGCUCGAGUUUCACAAGAAAUGUCUGUUAGACUUGGAUCUGAAGUGGGAUACAGUAUUCGUUUUGAAGAUUGUACUUCAGAGCAUACAAUAAUAAAGUACAUGACAGACGGCAUGCUUUUGCGUGAAUUUCUCACAGAACCAGAUUUGGGCAGUUAUUCGGUAAUGAUUAUAGACGAAGCACAUGAACGUACAUUACAUACAGAUAUACUGUUCGGUUUAGUAAAGGAUGUAGCUCGUUUUCGAUCCGAUUUGAAACUUCUAAUUAGCUCUGCUACUUUAGAUGCAGAAAAAUUUGCUACAUUUUUUGAUGAUGCUCCUGUAUUCCGAAUUCCAGGUCGUCGUUAUCCAGUUGAUAUCUACUAUACAAAAGCUCCAGAAGCUGAUUAUAUUGAAGCUGCUAUCAUAUCUAUUCUUCAAAUACAUGUAACUCAACCUCCAGGUGAUAUUCUAGUCUUUUUAACUGGUCAAGAAGAAAUUGAGACUGCCAAUGAGUUAUUAAUGGAGCGUACAAGAAAACUUGGGAGUAAAAUUCGUGAAUUAAUAAUUCUACCUAUUUAUUCUAGUCUUCCAUCUGAUAUGCAGGCGAAAAUUUUCGCACCGACACCACCAGGUGCUCGAAAAGUUGUCUUAGCCACAAAUAUCGCUGAAACAUCACUUACAAUUGAUGGUAUUAUUUAUGUUAUUGAUACUGGAUUUUGUAAACAAAAAUUUUAUAGUGCACGUUCUGGUGUUGAAUCAUUAAUAGUUGUUCCAAUAUCACAAGCUGCAGCCGAUCAAAGAGCUGGACGUGCUGGACGUGUAGCCGCAGGCAAAUGUUUUCGUCUAUACACUUCACAUGCUUACCAUACGGAAUUAGAUCCACAACCCAUUCCAGAAAUACAACGUACAAAUUUAGGCAAUGUUGUCUUAUUACUUAAAUCUCUUGGUAUUGAUGAUCUGCUACAUUUUGACUAUAUGGAUCCCCCACCACAUGAUGCUUUAAUUAUGGCAUUAGAACAAUUAUACGCCUUGGGUGCAUUAAAUCAUAAAGGUGAACUAACUAAAAUGGGUCGUCAAAUGGCUGAAUUCCCAUGUAAUCCACAAUUAUCAAAAAUGAUUUUAGCUUCAGAUAAGUAUAAAUGUUCCGGUGAUAUUAUCACUAUUGCGUCUAUGCUUUCUGUAAAUAAUGCCAUCUUCUAUAGACCGAAAGAUAAAUUAAUUCAUGCAGAUACUGCACGAAAAAGUUUUUCUCAUAUAGCCGGUGAUCAUAUUAUGCUAUUGAAUGUUUAUAAUCAGUGGGCAGAAUCUGAUUUCUCUUCUCAUUGGUGUUAUGAGCAGUUUAUUCAGUAUCGAACUAUGAAACGAGCCCGUGAUAUUCGUGAUCAAUUCGUAGGUUUGUUAGAUCGUGUUGAAAUUGAUCUGGUGAAUAAUCCACAUGACCAUGUGAACAUUCGAAAGGCUAUAACUGCUGGAUUUUUCUAUCAUACAGCACGAUUCACUGGUGAUGGUUAUAAAACUGUAAAACAAAAGCACACAAUUUAUCCACAUCCAAAUUCAUGUCUAUCUGAAGCAUUGCCAAAAUGGGUUAUCUAUCAUGAAUUGGUAUAUACAACUAAGGAAUUCAUGCGUCAAAUUAUUGAAAUUGAAUCAAAGUGGCUAUUGGAAGUUGCACCGCAUUAUUAUAAAGAAAAAGAAAUUGAAUAUACUACUGAAAAAGUUUCUAGGAAUAAAGGUAAAUCACGUGCAGAAUUGGAGCCAAGUGAAGGUGUCUAAUGAUAAUGAAAAUAAAACACGACAUGUACAUUUUGUGAUUUAAAGCGAGGCAGACAGACGGAUGGAGACUUAAAAUGUAUAUUUUUAGAGUUGUACAUUUUCAUUUUGACUUUGAUAUCUCUUUUUUUUCUCAAGGAAGAAAGUGAUUUCUGUACAGUUUUGUAUUUUAAAGUUUUAACUUAGAUUAUUCAAUUUUUACAGAAAGGAAAUAUAAAGAUUGAUUCAGAU